AUGAAUAAAUUAGAAAAAUUUUUUAACAUUCUUUCUUCUUCGAAUCCGAAAUUGUUAAAGAAAUACACUACUGAAGAACUUACAUCUCAAAUAAGGGAGUAUGUUGAUUUUACUCCUUAUAUUGUUAAAAAUAUUUAUAAGCUUCUUGUUUCACACAAUUUUGACGAUAGAAUAAAUGGAGCUGAGAUUUUAAAGUCAAUAAUGUUCCAAUUUAAGCUAGUUACUGACUUCAAGAUUGAAUAUUUUGAAAAAAGAGAAGAAUAUUUAGGAUCUACUGGUGAAGAAUUUGAAGGUAAGAAGUUAUCGAUGAAGGAGCAAAAAAAAUUGUUAAAGAAGUUAGCAGGUCUUGAACAUGUAAAAGCAAAUAUUGUUAAUGAAAUAGAUUUUAAAUCCGAUUCUAAUAUAACGAUUAAAAAAAAGAAAAUACAAGAUAAAAACAUAGAGAAUGUUUAUGAUUUUUUUGAAAACCUUACCAACAAUUUACUAAACUACGAGUGGAAUAAAAGGCAUGGAGCAUUUUUGGCAUAUUGUGCAAUUUUUAACUCUGAAACCAAUGGUCAAAUUGAGAUCAAAGUGGAUUCUACACUUUUUUUAAAAAUUUAUGAAAUAUUAAAAUCAGAUAAAUUUACUGAUUUUGUAGAAGAUCGUGUUACUGCUCCUGUUAGAGAAACUGCAGCACAGUUACUUGGUUGUAUUUAUCCAAGAAUAUCUGAAAACAGUAUUAUCGAUGAAUUGAUUAAAUUCUGUGAUGAUGAUGAUUGGCAAACACAAUAUUCUGGUUUAUUAGCACUUACAUAUUUAAAAUCAUACAUUGUUGAUAAAGUAAGGGUAUGCGAAAAAUGUCAAAAUUUACUUCAAUGUAAAGAUGAAGACGUAAAGUUUUUAGCUGCUGAUUUAUUAAUAUACUUUUUUGAAUAUUGUGACAAGAAUAUUGUUUUUGAUAGAUGUUUUAUGAAUAUUAAAGACAAUGAGGAUAUUUCUGUAUCUAAAGUUUCGAUAAUACAAUUAUUGGCUUUAUGUCCAUCUAAAAUAGAUGAUUUUUCUAUUCUUUAUAAUUAUUUUACUUCACCUAUUUCUGAUGUAAGAAAAAGUAUUCUUAAAUUGGCAGAGUCUAUGAAUAAUGACUCUUUAUUUUUUUUAUUCGCUGAACUGAUUUUAAUUGAUGAAAAAGAUGAAAUUCGAAAUGAAGCUGUUUGUAUUCUUAAGGAUAAAAAUCUUAGUUCUGAUUUUAUUAAGCAUUUUAUCUCGAUAUUAGGAACCUCUCUUUAUGAACCAUAUAAUUCUAAUGAUUUUGUAUCUUAUGAUGACUUGUAUUUUACAAAAAGUGGAAUUAAGGUUUUAGGUAAAAAUAUUAUAUUGAAAAACAGAGUGGAAUUGUUUAAAUUAAUUUUUGAAAAAGUUACUGAAUUUGAUUGUAAUUACAUACCCAAUACUUUAAUUGGGUGUGUUUUUAAAAAUAUAAUAAUUAAUUUUAAAUGCAUAAAUGAAGAAAAAAUUAAGAGGAAAAAACUAGAAAAUGAAAUUUUACUAAAGGAUGUUUAUGAUAGAUUUUUAGAUAUCAAACUUGUUCCAUUCAAAGAACUAGAAAACAAAAUCAAUAAUCCAGAAAAGUUAUCAUUACAUCCUAUGGGUGAAAGUAUUUAUGUGGAUUUUUUAAGGUAUACAGUGGUCUAUGAAUAUCCUUUAUUAACUAACAAUUUGAUUAAUUUUUACAAGUAUGAAACUUGUGUAGAAUAUUUAGAAUUUUACACCAAUUUAUUAAUAUCUGCAUAUGAUUCUAAUGUCAUUGUUUUUGAUUCUUUCAUUAAUAGUGCAUAUAACUGUUUAUUGUUAGAUUAUGAAAAUUUUCUUAUAUUUUUUAAGUAUUUUAAAAAUAGACUUUUUUCUCAUAAUUUUUACAAAACAAUUUUAGAUGACAGUAAAAAGUCACAGUUUUUUAGUAAGACAAUUUUUUAUUAUAUAGAUUUUUUAGAAAAUCUCAGAUUUUUAUAUGAUGAAGCAUAUAAUAAUAAUUAUAUUGAUAUAUUAAAAGGAUUCCUGUGUAGUAUUUCCUAUACUGAAGAUUUUAUAGAGAGAAUUUUGAAGAAAAUGGAUUUAAAUUUACUUGAACCUUUAAUAUCUCACAUUGAUUACUCUUAUUUUCCCGUGUUAGUUAAGCCAUUAUUAGGCUUAAUUGCAUCUUCAGAAACUCAAGAAAGCGCAUCAAAAAUAUUUUCGUAUAUAAUACCUAGAUUAAAUUUUAGAAUGAAAUCAGUAAUUUCAAGUUUGUGGAUUGAAAAAAUUUUGGAGUCAAAGAAAGAUUUAGAAUGUCUUUUGGACAAUAAUAAAAUUGAAGAUUACAAAAUAAAAUGUCCUAUAAAAGUUGUUUUGAGGAAGUAUCAACUUGAUGGAGUUAAGUGGAUUAAUUUUUUGUAUAAAUUUAAUUUAAAUGGGAUUUUAGCAGAUGAUAUGGGUUUAGGAAAAACUAUUCAAGUUUUAUCUUUUAUUUGUAGUGAAAUCUACGCCACAGAAAAGAAAGUUCUUGUUAUUUGUCCAUCAAGUUUAACUGGACAUUGGAAAAGUGAAAUUGAUAAUUUUUUUCCUGAUAUUAAAUCUAUAUGUUAUAAGAAAAAUAAGAAUGAAGAUUAUAAUAUUUUAAUAAUCAGUUACGACUCCUUCAGAAAUGAGUAUUUAAGUUUUAUUAACGAAAAUUGGUUUUAUGUCAUUUUUGAUGAAGGGCAUAUUUUACGAAAUUCAUCAACAUUACUUUAUCAGAGAAUUAAUAAAAUUACAUGUAAGCGUAAGCUUAUAUUGACUGGUACACCUGUUCAUAACAGUGUAGAAGACUUGGUUUCUUUAUUUAAUUUGAUUAUGCCGGGUUAUUUGGGAUCUGUUAAAGAAAUUCCUUACAUUUCUGCAAAAAUGUCAGAUAAUGAAAUGAAUAAAAUUCAUAGUAGACUUGAAAAUCUUAAUAAACAAAUACUUCCUUUUAUUUUACGAAGAUUAAAGGUUGAUGUUUUAACAGAUUUACCUCCUAAGAUUAUUAGAGAUAUUUUAGUUGAAAUGGGCCCCGAACAAAAAAGUAUUUAUGUUAAUAUUGAAGAAGAUGGCAGCAGUUUAGAAAAUGUAAAUUAUAAAUCAAUUCAAAAUAAAUGUGAUGGAUUGAAAAGAACCAGAGAUCUUUUAAAUGCUGCUUCUCAUAUUUUGUAUUUUAAGACAUCAUCAGAAGUGUCAUGUAAAAUGAAAGGUUUAGAAGAUAUCAUUAAUUUGUACGGAGGAGAAGAUAUUAAAAACAAAAUAUUAAUUUUUUUUCAGUACAAAACUACGAUAGAUUUCGUAUUACAAGAUUUUAAAAAGAAAUACAAUUUAAAAUAUCUAAGACUUGAUGGUUCUGUACCUGCAUCAAAAAGAGCCAAAAUCGCCCUAGAUUUUAAUACAGGGAAUAUUCCCAUUUUAUUUCUCACUACGCACAUAGGUGGAUUGGGAUUAAAUUUAACAGGAGCUGAUACAGUCAUUUUUUAUGAACAUGAUUGGAAUCCUUUUAAUGAUUUACAAGCCAUGGAUCGUGCACAUCGUAUUGGCCAAAAAAAUACUGUAAAUGUGUUUCGAUUAAUUACUAAAGAUAGUAUAGAAGAAAAAGUUAUGGAUUUACAAAGUUUUAAAGUAUUUAUAGCUUCUAGUGUAGUUACACAACAAAAUGCUGAUAUUGAGACCAUGAAUACACAAGAUUUGUUAGAAAGAUUUAGUAAAUAA